GAGAUGGAGGACUGGAUGUGAUCGUAUACGGCCAGGCUGACAAACUCCGGAACUUUGUCACUGGCAUCUUUAUCCCACAGUACCAUUACCCAUUCCCUGUUGCUCUCUGCUUCACCCAGGUUCUGGUUUCUCUCGUCUUCAUCAAUCUCCUCCAUGCCUUGGGAUUGGUGCAUCUCAGACCGUACUCCAGAUCGCUGGGAGAGAGGCUGCUGCUGCCCGCCAUCUGUAACAGCGCUCACUCCGUGCUCAUGACUUGGGCCAAAGCAAGCAGCCCGUACGCAAACCUCUUCCUCUUCACUGUUCCCCUGCUGCCUCUGCUCACCCUCGGAUUCAGUUUUGCGCUGAAGGUGGCGUCUCCGCCAUCUCACCACUUGUCAGUGUUGAUUUCUAUCCUGAGUGGGAUGUUUAUUGUCAUCACAGCAUCCAAUGGGAUUCCUGUUGUUGAGUCUCUGGAGUAUCUCUACGCGCCUCUCGCUUUGAUUCUCCACAGCCUCUCCCUCAUCAGCUUCGCUAAAGUGUCCGAGUCUGUGCGCCAGCAGCCCUCUGACGUCCAACCCUCUGUUUUUGACAUCUACUACGCUCAACUGAUCAACCAGAGUGGAGUGCUGGGCCUCCUGUGGCUUCUACACCCAGACAAACCCUGGAUGGUGCUGAAAAUGAGCAGCUGGCACAAUCUGCUUUUCCACGGAUACCUGCUCGCCAUUGUCCUGCUGGGAAUGGUACUCAACUUCCUGGUCUGCACUUCUGCUCUCUGCGUCUCCCCACUCACGGCUGCGUUGCUAUAUUCGGCAAGGCACAUGGUGCAGCCGUUUUUUCAUCUUCUGUAGUUUCUCUGUAUGGUACAGAAUCCUUGUCUGUCUAUAAGCUAUCACCAUUGUCAAAGAUUGAAGUAGUGCUUCUAAAAAAAAAAAAAAAUAAUCAUACAGAAAAUGUGAAAAGAUUUCGGGUCAGGUCAAAUGUUUAACAUUAAUUCAGUUAGAAUUGUGACUUUUAGAAUUAAAAGUCUGUCACAGCCAGAAAAAAAUCUGCCUCUAAACUUUCUAACCGGAAAAAUUUAAAAUAAAUAACAGCACGGCGCACGGAUCACAAUUUUGAAGAAAAGGUUUGAUGUCAGUUUGAUGAGGGUUAAAAGUAAGAGACAUGUUUCCUGUUAUGACCACAUUAUUUGUUCUCACGUGAAAUUAGACAAACUUGGUGUGUUAAAUGUCUCUUUUUUUAUUUUAUCUAAACCAGCUGCAUUAAGGUCUAUUUUAAAUCCCCGUGUCAUAAGCAGAUUAAUUUUGCUGGUUGUAGCUAGUGGAAAUGUGUUCACAUAUAACAUGUGUUCUUCAAGAACCUGAAGAAAACAGGAAGUAAGAUAUUUCUGAUAUUGUGGUAAUAAGUAAAGUAACAUAGAAUAAAACAGCUUAUCUAAACCAUUUGGAAACUGCUCUCAAAAUGCUUCAAAUUCCUCUUUGUUUUGUUAUGCAUGUUGUGCACCUUUUCUACAUCUAUUGAUGAAUACUACCUAUACAGACUAUGGUAAACCUUUGGUACAAAGCAACAAACUUUCUUUUUUAUGCAAAGCUGGAUAUGGAUUUUUCUUAAUUAGAGCAAAUUCUUUUAAUAUUAUCGUUUGUAAUUGCAACUCUUUGGCAAAUAUUUUCUUUUUCUUUUUUUUGUGCACCUUUGACAUAUUUGAGCAGUAUUUAAGGGAUUAAAGUCCCACAUUUCUCCUCCACUGAACAAGAUCCAACCAGAUCUCUGCUGAGAUUUUCUGUGAAUGAUUCUGAGAAGCAUUUUUUUUUUCAGAGGAAACAGAAUAAAGAUGAUCAGGGUUGUUUUUUCUUUUACAUCUUUACAUGACACAUAAAAAAAUGUAUUCAAUCAGUGUUAAAAAGUUAUUUAGUCUCAGAACUUUUUCUGAAUGAAUCUUAAACCAGACGUUGGUUUAUGUUGUCCCUGAAUGAUUCUGAGAGCUCGGAUGAAAGGGCACGGCACCCGACAGGCUGUUAUGAUGCCUCUUGUUAAAGUCUGAUGUAAUUUAACAUAUUACGUUUUUACUAAUGUAAAUUGAAAUAAGUAUUUUUGUAUAAUUUUAGCAAUUUGCCAGUUUGUUUGUUUUUUUGAAGUAGCUAAUUCUGUUCUGUAAAAAUGUGCUGUGCAUGUUUAAUAAAACUGAA